AUGACAAACUUGAAACGUGACUUGAGAAACGUUGAUUUCAAGCACAUCAACGAUUAUAGUCUGCAAAUUAACCGAUGGUGCCUAAAACCUAUAGGCGCUUGGCCCAUAAGCACGUCGAAUACAUUAGAGAAAAUUGCCGCAAUAGUACUGAUCAUCUUUUGUUCACUUACAAUAGCAGUUGUUACAGUGCCAUGUAUACUGUACGUCAUAUUGGAGGAUCAGACUAUCACGGCAAAGAUAGGCGCCUUUGGGCCAUUAUUUCAUAGGAUUAUGGGUUGGAUAAGCUAUUGGACAUUGCUCAAGCGCAGCCACGACAUUCACAAUUGUAUACAGCACAUGGAAAUGGAUUGGCAGCUUAUACAUAGAAUCGGAGAUCGUAAAACGAUGCUGCAAUACGCCAAGUUCGGACGUUUUCUCGCCGGAAUUAGUGCGGCGGUCACGCAGGGCGGUCAGCUGCUCUUCGGUACCGCAAAAGCAAUAAGAACUACGACCAUUAUGGUCGGCAACGAGACUUUUAAGACGCGUUCAAUGACAUGUCCGACAUACAGUAAGAUUCUCGACACGAGGUUCAGCCCUAUAAACGAAAUCAUGCUGGUUAUACAAUUCGUGUCGGCAUUUGUAGUAAGUUCCGCAUUAGUGAGUGUUUGCAGCCUCGCCGGAGUUUUCGCGAUGCAUGCCUGCGGCCAAUUACACGUAUUGUAUGCGUGGUUGAACGAACUCAUAAUUGAUUACGAAGAGAAGGGAAAUCAUUCAGUUGAGCAAAAAUUGGCUGCUAUUGUGGAGCAUCACUUGAGAGCAUUAAGUUUUAUAGCACGUGUGGAAAGUAUUAUGCAUAAAGUUUGUCUUGCAAUAUUGAUGGGCUGCACGCUAAAUAUGUGUUUACUUGGAUAUUACUCGAUUAUGAAUUGGGGUGCUUUCGAUGCAGCACAAAUAUUGUCAUAUAUUACUUUAUAUACUUCAAUGGGUUUUAAUAUAUUUAUUUUUUGCUAUAUCGGCGAGAUUUUGACAGAGCAAUGCAAAAAUGUUGGGGACAUGGUAUACAUGAUUAAUUGGUAUCAAUUACCGCACAAAACAGCCCUUUGUCUUAUUUUAAUAAUAAUGCGAUCAAAUAACGUAAUCAAAAUAACUGCAGGGAAAUUAGUUCAUCUUUCUAUUGCAACUUUUGGUGAUGUAAUUAAAACUUCCAUGGUUUAUUUGAAUUUUUUACGAACAAUGAUGUAA